UUUAAAGCCUAGUGACGUCUUCAUGUCAGUGGCAGCUAUCCAGCGAUUCAUUUCCCCGGUAUGACUCCCUUCCUCUCGGCCAUCCUCGCUGACAGUAGCGGCAUCACGCUCUCUCAGGGAGGGAGUCACCUCCCUACCUCUUCGGCCUAAAGGGCCCUGACUAGCCGCCGGUACCCGGAGCUCAACCGGACCCGGCUUUUCAUCUCGACGUAUCAGGAAUAGAUGGAAAGAACCAGCGAACCACAAGUGGGGAUUUCUGAGAAUCCCGGUGCUCAGGAUUCAGGAUUUGAAUAUCGCUUUUUCUCUCAUUGUAGUAAUCAUCCACUACAAUGUCACGACCAAGGAGACACAACUGAAGGAUAUUAAUAUUAAUUCCAGGAUGAACUGAGCCGGACUUUCUAUUUCCAUCUAAACGAUACUGGGAGCGGAUGCUAGGGAAUGGGAGUUGAAGAGGUGAUCAGAAAAUAUUUAUGAUUUGUGGAUGAGAACCGGUCACUGGAUCGGAUUCCUUGCGGAAAGACCCCAUCAGGGAAGGAGGAAGCAAGGGCAACUGCGGCAACCGAACCGACAACCGGGGGGAGGGGUGGGGGAGGGAGAGGGGGGAAUCGAGACUGAAGAGGAUGAGAAGAUGGGUUUACUUUUUGGACUCUUGUGGCUGUUUACCAGCUUUCUGCAGGGCGUGCACAGCCAGGGCGUGUAUGCAUCCCCUACAGUGCGGAUUGUCCAUGCAGGUCAGGCCUGUAAUGUGGAGGAAGAGCAAUAUAGCGAGAGGGUUUACAUCAUCCGAGAGGGAGAAACUCUGGAACUCCAGUGUCUUGUCACUGGACAUCCUCGACCACAGAUGCGUUGGACUAAGACAGCAGGUGGUGGCUCGGAUAGUCAAGGAAAGUUGCCGUUGGAAGGUGGAACUCUAAAAAUUGAGAACAUCAGUCGCCACCAGGGAGGGCGCUACUACUGCAAGGCUGAGAAUGGACUGGGAUUCCCAGCAAUACGCUCCAUACGAGUGGAUGUCUACUACUUGGAUAAACCAGUUAUCACUGUUCAUCAGAGUGAUGACGAAGCAAAGGAGCAAUUCUACUUUGAACGUACCGUCUUUCUUCGUUGUGCUGCCAACUCGAACCCUCCUGUCCACUACACCUGGACAAGAGACAGAGAGGUGCUGGCAGAGGGCUCUGACUCAGGGGUGGAGAUAUACAAGCCAUUUUUCACACAGGGUCAGACGAAGAUCUUGAAGCUGAAAAAUCUACGUCUGCAGGAUUAUGCUGACUACACCUGUUUUGCUUCUGUGAAGAAUUCCUGUGGCAUUAGAGACAGAAGUACCCACUUCAUUCUCAACAACAGGACAGCUCCUCCCUCUGUUAAAAUACUUUUGGAUGAUCCUGUAGUGGUAAAUCCUGGAGAGACGAUCACUCUGGUUUGCAAAGUGAUGGGUGGACAUCCUUUUCCAACACUAAGAUGGUUGAGGUUGGAAGAUGAGGAGCUACCGAGGAGAGCCAUUGUCAAAGACGGUACACUGACAGUCCCUGUUAUUAGUGAUGACGAUGGAGGAACUUACAACUGUGUUGCAUCCAACAACGUAGGAAACCCUGCUAAGAAAUUCAUCACCAUAUUGGUCAGAGGACUACGUAAAGGUCGGUUCUGGAUCACACCAGACCCGUACCACAAUGAGGACAACAUUCAAAUUGGUCGGGAGGUCAAGAUUAGCUGCCAGGUGGAAGCCACACCUUCAGACGAGCUGCAGUUCAGCUGGCUAAAGAAUGGCCGGCCAUUGAAGAGCUCUGAGCGAAUGGUCAUCACCCACACUGACCCUAACAUCUCACCAGGAACCACCAACCUUGACAUAAUUGAUCUAAAAUUUACAGACUUUGGCACCUACACAUGUGUGGCAUCACUGAGAAAUGGAGGAAUCCCAGAGAUCAGCAUUGAUGUAAAUAUUUCUUCAACCACAGUUCCUCCUGAACUUUCAGUCCCAAAGGGGCAAUCUCAACUCAUAGUUCUGGAAGGAGACACUGUUGACCUCCAGUGUUUGGUCUCAGGAAAACCCAAACCCAUCAUUAUGUGGUCUCGGGUCGAGGAGAGUGGGCAAACUGCAGCACUAGCACCUACGAUGCCUGAUGGCUCAGUACAGAUGGAGAGCUACGAUGGUAUACUGAGAAUCUACAACGUGACAAGAAAGAUGAGCGGGGCAUACCGCUGCCAAACAAGCCAGUACAACGGAUUCAAUGUCAAACCCAGAGAGGCCCUGAUUCACCUUGUGGUGCAAUUCACUCCGACUGUGAAGCCUGUUUACACAGAGGUACGUCAGGCACUUGGCCGAGCAUUCAGCCUCACCUGUAACUUACUGGAAGCUUACCCAGCUCACCAUCUGCAGUAUGAGUGGAAACUGGGCUCACGCCUGCUCACUGUUGGUCAAUUUAGUGACCAAAGCCAUGACACCAGUUACCAUGUUAAAGCUCUGAACCGAGAAGGCUAUGGCGAGUACACCUGUGACAUCACCAAUGAAGCUGGGGCAGGUCGGUGCACCUUCCUACUUACAGGGAAAGCCUACAGACCAGAGUUUUAUCAUGAUACCUUCAAUGCUCUGUGGCAGAACAGACCUCAAGUCUAUGGCUUCAAUCUUCAAUGGACUCAGAUGGAGCCCAAUUCUGUGGAUCGAAUUGUGGCCUAUCGGCUUGGCAUCAGGCAGAUGGAUCAGACUCGCUGGUGGGAGCAAGGGAUCAAUAUUAGUGGACCCAUCCAAAAGGGGCAGCUGCUGACUUACAACUUGACAGAACUGAUCAAACCGGAGUCCUACCUGGUGCGUCUCACCCCUAUCACCCGAUACGGUGAGGGGGAUACUUCUGAACGCACAAUCACGUACAGCGCUCCUGUUAACCCACAUCUCAGAGAGUUCCACUGUAGUUUUGAGGAGGAGGCAUUAUGCUCAUUCUCUCAAGACAAGUUGGAUGAGUUUGACUGGAUAAGACAGAGUGGCACCAAAGAGGGCACCACAUACACACCGAAUACAGGACCGAGCUCUGACCACACCGGCUCAAGUCAAGGCUUCUACAUGUUCAUUGAGACAUCCAGGCCCAGGCUGGAGGGGGACAAAGCCCGUCUGAUGUCCCCAAUUUUCAACAUAAACACCAAAAGUGUCUCCUCCUCUUCAGCCAGUAACAAUCCCACCUACUGCUUUACCUUCUACUACCACAUGUUUGGGAAACAUAUAGGAGCUUUGAAUAUUUUCUUGCGGUUGAAAGGUCAGAUGCUCACAGAUACCUUAGUCUGGAGUCUUACUGGUAACCAAGGAAACUACUGGCAGCAGGCAAGGGUUAACAUCCAUCCAACCACAACCUUUCAGGUGGUGAUGGAAGGAGUCAGAGGCUCGGGUAUUGAAGGCAAUAUCGCUAUUGAUGAUGUUACCAUUGAGGAGGGCGAGUGCAAAGACUCUCCAUCUAACAAUCUGAAGUCAUUUGCUGCAUUGCCAUCAUAUUAUGUGUCUCUACUCUACAUCAGUCAAAGUCUGGUGCUGAUUGGCUGGCAGAGGUGACACCAUCAGCACCUUUUCCCUCUUCUAAUUACCUCCCAUGCAAGCUUCCAUGACUUUUGACUGUGGCCCAAGGGAUCUGUUUUACACCUCACAACAAUUGGAAACAGAGCAGAACUGUAUUUGCUCUGUCAAGGGAAAAAAUAAAUCUGUCCUUCAGUGACAUCUUAUUUGCUUUCUAUCUUGUCAACAGUUCAACCUGUGAUAGGUUUAGUUUAAAUCUACUGCUACAGGAAGCUGAAGCUACCUGUCUAAAAAAUCCUUUAAAAUGAUUGGUAUGUAUGGACAUCAUACUCAGUAUGCAUUUAUGUAAUGAAAUGAUGAUUUAUGCUAUGAAAUAUAGUCUGCAUCAGCAGUCUGCUGUGUAGCAUUGCCCAUCACAUUGAACAGUGUUCUGCACUACAACUAAAUUCAGAUAGAAGGCUGAUACAGAAACAGCGGAACAUGUCACAAUAGUAGCUGUCAAGUGAAGAGCAUGAUGUAAAAUGAAUAAAAAGUUUAAGUUUUAAACUUUUUAAACAUUUGUUUAAAUGUUAUUCAAUACACUGUAUCAAGGCACUAUCAUGAACAUGGCUUCAGUCAGCCUUUAAUGUGGACACUUGAAAACAGACAUCUGACUACAAAACCCAAUUAAUAGUGUGACACUCAAAUAUUCUGAACAGAACAAUGAGUUUUUAUGUGGAUAUACAGAAUUAAACAAAACAUUAGUUACAAUCAAUUCACAACAAAAAACAUUUCCCAUAACUUGAGUGGAGUCUCAGUGUACCCUGUCUGACAUCACUUUCCAGUUUAAACUAACCUAAAAAACCAUUUCCUACUCAAACUGGUGGUUAAGAAACAAAGCAGUAGUUGGAAGUUCACCGACCAUGUUUUGCUUAUCCCUUAUCUGCUUCCCCUCACCUUUCUGUGCUCUAAUUCUAUAGAUCAGCAGUACUGUAUUGGACACGCAAAAAGAAGUCUCUACUCUUUUAACCUAGAGUGGCUCGGAGAAAAAAAUAAGUAUUUUUAGAGUAUAUUUUAAUGUUGGUCCAUCUGUGUUAGACAUGAAAACAACAGCUCACCUUCUGCCAUAACAUGAAGUGCCUUAAAAUGAGAGGAGAUUGCCCAAAGACUGGCAUCAAUAUUGAGCCAGUGUCAGACAUUAUUCUGCACGAUGAAAGGAAAUUUAACCAAUUAGCUUACACAAGAUUUUGUAUUAGUAUGGAAAUACAAUUUCUCAACUUGUUUCUUUUUCUUUCUGUUGGGAUAUUAGCAUAAGUGACCAUAAGCCAUAUGGAUGGCUGCGAGAAAAAUGGCCAGGAAACGGACUCUUUACACCGACACCAACUUUCUCAAAUAACGUUUUCUAUAUUAAAUGUUUUGCAUUUAAUAUAGAAAAUGCAAAACAUAUUAACUAUUUGAGGAACUCUGAAUCUGUUAAAAAACAAAGUAUUUCCUAUUUUUAAUCAAUGGCAUCCAAGUUUUUUACUUAGUGUAUGCUAGGGGUUGAACGACUUCAUAUUUUUAAAGUCGACUACAAUGUGAUAAAAGUCGAAUCAACAUCAACUAGUCCCGGUGACGUCAUAGUGACGUAAGCGCAAAACCCCUCAGAACAACUUAGAGGCUUUAUCAGCUAUAUUCACCACAAAUAUUGGUAAAAAAAAUCCCGCUUUUACUAAGUCUAUCAUGCAGAAUUAAAAGAACAAGAAACAGAUCCAAAGACCGACUGAUACUGAUGAUCGCUGGAUAGCUGCACAUAUACAGUAGGAGUCAAAUUAUUACACUGACCACAGUGAUGGUUUUGGAACAUCACAAACCAAACUUAUUAUGAACGUAUCCCGUUUGGUUACAGUUGAAUAAUAGAUGCCACCUGCCACCUGCUGCUCCUCCACCCUGAUGCGCAGCAGGAAGCUCCGCUGACUCUGCGGGAUGAACCGACAUGCAAAUGGCGGCAGAGAUUGCCUCUAUGAAAUGCUCAGAAUUUUGCUUGAACUUUGUUUCCAGAUGUUGUUAAACAGUAUUUUUAUAAGAGUGUAAAGCUGCCGGGUUAGAAGCUUCAGUACGCAGAGAGAUGGUGAUCAGUUGGAUGGAUAAAAAAGCCCGACAUCAUGACUUAUUGUUGCACAUUACUCCGGUAGUCUUUUUUUUUUUUUUAAGAAUUUUUUUGGCACUAGUUUAUUUGACAGUAAUCCGUCAGGAAGGGUGCAGAGAGAGAGAAGCAGGGGAGAGAGGCAUGGGCCCAGCAAACCGAGGAGUUUGACCGGGGAGUCAGACUCCAGACGACAGUCUCUAUAUGCGGGGUGCCGCGCUAACCACGCAAUGCCCCUAUUCCGGGAGCCUUUGCUGAAAUUUUCAGUUUCUCUUUGGUAAAUUAUUUACAUUUUUAUACAAUUUGAGUUAUCUGACUUUGUCAGAUAACUCAACUAAUUCAUCUCAACUAAUUCACCUAAUUGGAAAAAUCAGUUUUGUCACUGAUUGCGACUAGUCGACUAGGCCAGUAAAAUGUCAUUGCAGAGUAAAGAAUCGACUAGUCUACUAGUUGGUGCAACCACUAGUGUAUACAAAUGAAAGCUUCAAAAAGCAUUCCAAAACUACAUGACACUUUCAUUUCUUUGCAAUUACUAUUGUUUCAAAGUGUUUGAAUGGCUGAGCAACUUUAAUGUACUUUAUACUGAUUAACAACAUAAGCACAAAGAAAACAUAGUCAAUUGAAAAUAUUCUUCCUUUAAAUUCAAUGAUUUUAUAAGAUGCCACACUUUGAUUAUUUAUGAAACAAUACAAAAAAAGACAGACAGAAAAGUAAAAAACAAACAAAAACCUGUCCACAGAGCAGCAAAGUACUUCUAAGUAGAGAACUUGAUUGAUUCAUAAAAGUAGGAAUUUUGGUAUUUUGGUAGUUUGCUGCACAAUGCCAAGCUGGACAGACAUCAGCAGUUACCUUAGAAAAGUUUUCUACCCAACACUAUGUGAAGAGUUACAGAAAUAUUUUCAAAGUCAGUCAUUCUUGACAAAGGUAUCUUAAAAAAAGUUUAAAAAACAAACAAGCUAAGCAUGUUUAACAAAUAUCACUUUAUUCUUAAACCUUUUAAGUACAUUUAAAUCAAAAAGGGAUUUAUGUUUUAACUUGUGUUAAACCCUAUAAUAAUUUUGUCUUGUCAACCCAUACUUGUUUUAACUUUUUGUUUUCCUGGAAAAUACAUUAAAAACAAUAUUUGGAUUUGAUUUCAAAGUACUUUCUCAUUGUUAGGCUAAUUUGUUCAUUACUUGCAAGAAGCUUACAUUUGCUGUUGGUUUGUAAAGUAAUAAGUAUAAAGAAUAUAUAAUGAAUCCUAACUUAUUUUUACAAUGAAUGUGUUAAUGUUAUUUACUUAAUGUCAUGAGUCUUUUUCUCAUAUUGUGCUUGUACAUUAUUGUUAUUAUUAUGUAAACACUUUAUAAUAAAUAAAUAAUUGAUCCCUUAUAUGGUAGCUGAUGUGCAUUUAUCUUAAAGAAAAGAGCCUUUCAUCAGCCAUAUGCUAACGUAUAAGAUAAACCAAAGUCCGAUUUUUUUCUAGCCUGGGAAAAACAAACUCAUGUUCUAUUAUUUGCUUCAUACAGAGGGUCUGGACCUUUGGGUAUUGAGAAACGAUUACUUGCUGGAGGUGCAAACUUUGUUGAAAUUUUACAUUUUACCCAAUCAAAAUGUAAAACACUUGGUUGUAGGGUAAGGGUUAGGGUUAGGGUAAGGGUAAAUGUUGAGGGUGUCAGGCAUCCAGAGGGGGCCAUAAAAUGGUAACUUUAACUGUUCUUUUUAAAAUGUAUAUGUAUUAACAAAAUGUCCUAAUAUGACACAAAGUUAACUGCACAGUAAAAUUGUUAUAUACUACAUUAAUAAUGAUAUUUUGCUUAGCACUAAUGGGAUGGAAAGCAUUAUUGUUUCAUGAGGUUUUUAUUUGACCAUCAAUGCGUUGUCCAAUGAUUCAUUACUUGACAGUGACAUAACUAAAAUUAUGAUGACCUUGUUAUUCAAAUAAAUCAUACUUCAAAAAAA